AUGGACAAAACACUGGUGACCGACAAUGUUAAGCAAAUACCUAAGAAGCAAUGUCAAAAACAAAAGAGUGCUGAAGAGACCCCCAGCAGAGUGUUUGAGAAGUUUGUGGAAACACUCGGCACCCUCCUGUUGAGUCCUGUUGUACACGUUAUCAAUAAACUGGAGUCAAGCAUCCAAUAUGACUCUGGAUCAUUGAAACUACAACAAGCCUGUGAGACGGACCCUCAGUGCAGAGAGGGGAUGUGUUGUGCUGUGAGCUUGUGGAUCCGCAGUCUACGUAUGUGCACACCAGUGGGACAGGAAGGAGACGAAUGUCACCCUCUGAGCCACCAGAUUCCUUUCUUUGGAAAAAGACUCCACCAUACUUGCCCCUGCCUGCCCAACUUGUCGUGUGUCACCGUAGAGGAGGGGAGAUCCCGGUGCCUUCCUUCAUACAACAAUCCAGACUACCUCUGAGGACCAACACAGAUACAUCUACCCCGUUUGCCACCUGAACUGUUACAACCCUGAUUCCGUUUUGUGGAUUUCUUUAUAUCUAUUUUGAAUGAAGCGGUUAUUUAAAAGUGCAUUACCAAUUCUUUUUCAGGUUAAAUAAAACUGUAUAUUCAAAAUAGAAUAUAAGUCGUGGUCUUUAAAUCAUAGUUCCCGCCUGUCAAUCAAGUCAGCUAUGCCUAUCAUAAUGAAAAACUCGUAAUCUUAAUACCUUGGAAAUUCCAGCAUUAGAAAGAAAUUAACCCCCCAUACAGUGUGUGCCGAAAUGAGCUAUCCAAACUACACCAGUUUUUUGUGGCAGGCUGUAAACAUGUUUAUUUCUGCUGUAAAGAUUGGCUUUUUUGAAUUGGUGUAUAUGUGGUUUCCAGUACUUCCGGAGCCAGCCUCAAGCGGACACUUGAACUGCAGUUUUUAACACUUACGCAUUGGCAUCAAUUCUCGCGACUGGAUGUUGCCGCUUGGUUGUAACGCCACAGGGAAUUGAAGGAAGAGGCAAAAUGUACCUUUUACAAAUACUGUUGACAUCAGCUGUCAAAUGUGUCCCCAUUAAGUGGUUAAAACUUGAGACCCCCAUCACUCAGUUUGUGGACUGAGAAGAUUUCUGAAAUGUAUUUGAUGGAUAAGAUAACAUAUUCUGUAAGACUGCAGAGGCAUGUGUUUGUUGGAAGGUGGACCACUGCCAUGACUGUGUUGGUGAAGUACAGUGCCUUUUUUUAUUUCAUUUAUUUAUAUUUUUCUCUUUCUUCUUUCUUCUAUUAUUUCUGUAUGUUUGUAUUAUUUACUCUUACUUUUAACUAGAUAGCAACAGAUACAGUAAAGAUGAAUAAAUGAUUGUUUAAGUUGCCUAAACCAAAAUAAAAAGAUUGUAUGAGAAAUGGAAACCAGACAUUGACAACCAAGUGUCUGAGGUGA